AUGGCAGUCAGCUUUGCACUUCUUUUCCUGUCUGUCCUCUCAGGGGCUGAUGGAGCUCGUAUUAUUGGAGGCAAAGAUGCUGUUGCCCACUCGCGCCCAUACAUGGCCUCGUUGCAAGUCAUAGGUCAGCAUAACUGUGGAGGUGUUCUGGUGAGAGAGGACUUUGUGCUCACAGCAGCACAUUGUGACUUAGAAUUACCGUACACUGUUGUACUUGGAGCGGAUUCUAUAAAAGACCAAGAACCAGCAAAGCAGGAGUUUGGUGUUCUUCAAUCUUUUCCAUAUCCAGACUACAACGAUCUUGCAAAUGACAUCAUGCUCCUAAAGCUGAGUGGCAGGGCACAGCUUACCAAAGAAGUGCAGUUGAUCCCUCUGCAGACUGAGCAGCUGACAACAGGAAGCGCCUGCAUCACGGCUGGCUGGGGAGACAUAGGCGAUAAUGAAACCUUAGCAAACCGGCUCCAAGAGGUCAAUGUCACCGUUUUGUCUAACAAGUCAUGUAAAAGAAUAUGGAAAGAAGCUUCCAUAACAGAAACGAUGGUUUGUGCCAUGGGAGCCAGAAGCUUUCAGGGCUUCUGCUCGGGGGAUUCAGGUGGUCCGUUGGUGUGUGGUGGUGCUGCAGCGGGCAUCGUCUCCUUCUCUGGACGCCGAUGUGGAGACCCGAGGACCCCUGAUGUCUACACUUGUGUUUCAUGCUUCAGGGAAUGGAUACAAACAGUGUUAAACAACAAUUAG